AUGACCAAGAACAACCUCAGCCGCUGUCUCGCAUGGCUUCUACAGAAUCCGCACUCGUUUGGUUCUCUGACGCAUAUUUCUGCUGUUGCUGAUGCGGGGAUUGGCGACGACGAUGAGCCUGUGUUGGCAGAUGAUGAGAUGGCAAGGUUGCAGCUUGCGCCCCAAAUCCAACCCAGAACAAAGCUACUUUCACAAUUAAACCAUACCUCUGGCUUGCCGACUCCCGACCCAUCUCGAGCCUCAGAAACCUGCGAGCCGACGCGGAGGAGGGCCAGGCAGAACAUCCUAGGCCCUUCCAAGACUCAACCCAGCCCACGUCCAAGAACACCCGUGACGAGUUUUGACGACAUCAAGUUCGACGAUUCUCAUGACAUCCUUGAUAUUGACGACAUUGACCUCGCCGCAGAAGACCUCACCACUUCUUCCUUCGGCGACUUCGGUCCCCCGAUACCUCUAUGGAGAGAAGACUCUGCUACUCGGGUUGAGCCAUUGCCGAAAAAGAAAGGGAAGAAAAGAAAGAGCGAGGAGUUUCAUGAGGAUCUAUUCUCUCCUCGAUCCGCUCGAAGUACAAAGAAGCGUCUAGAUAAGCGAAGUCCCCCGAAGACAUAUCCUUUCCGUGCAAGCCAAACCCAAGCCUCGGAGGGAGACCAUAUUCAGGCCGAAGUUGGAUUGAGCCCUGCAACGGCCCGGAUUGUAAGGAAGCCGGUAAAGGAAGAGGACAUAUUCCCGGAUGUUGACAUUGGAGAAAUACCGGAUGAUCCAGUCCCUUUACAGCCGUUGCACCCCACUACCGAUAGGACUUGGCCUCACCUUCCCCCCCAACAAAGUCGCGUGCAGAGAAUACGGAACGUUGUUCCAGAUUCUGAUGAUGAGGAUAACUUCGGUCUAGAAUUGAAGCCCAAGCGGAAGCCGGUGGAAAGUACCGACUUGGAAUUCGAAGAUGACCUUCACCAUCACGCCGGUGGUUCACAGACAUUCGCAAGGGAAUCGAACCAUCCUCCUCGAGCAUCGGGAUAUCAAGAGGCACAGGGCAGUUUGUUGUCAUCGCAGAAAUCGCCUACUCGGAGUCCCAAGGCUCUUCUGCUCAGCCAAUCUAGUCCGAAGCGUGACAAUACACUCCAAGGCAGCUGCUCAAGUAUCGACUCGACGGGUCUUCUGGCGCAGGAACAGAGGCGUGUUGUCGGUAGUUUCGUCGUCAAUGGACGCGAACAGUGCAAAGGGCUCCUGGAACGGCUUGAAAAGUCAAAGAAAACCGUGAACCGCCAAAUUAUGGAUGAGAUGUGUGAAUUUAAUGUUGUAUCUGACGCAUUAAAGGAGAAAAAGAAGACAAUUGCAACAAAGAUCACAGCAGCUACACAAUUGCUAGAGGAACAUUCUUCAAUAUCGAGAUUGCAGGACCAGCGGAGGCGUAUGCUUGAGCGACGUGAUGAAUUGGAAGAAGCCGGUCACGAGAUCAAUCCGGAUGAUCCCGAGAAUGUCCUAGCAUUACUCUGUAUGGAUAUCAACCGCGUCAAGCACGAGAUUGAAGCUCGAGAAGUGGUGGUGUUCCAGUUGCUUCAACAAGCAGGGGUGUCCACAACGAGUGACUUUACGGAGCAGGCCUCUUUGGGACCAAGUGUGUCUGGGUCUCUACUCGAUGAUAUGUCUGGUCAACAAGUACUGGUCGCCUCGACGCCAAAGGUAAAUCAGCAGAUGUCUCCUUAUUCGAAGGAACUUGGCCAUUUAUCAACACAGUCUGUUGUGCAGACACCGUUUGCGAAGCGGUCCGACACUGCCCACCUCAUUAUGCAGGCAUCAGCCCCAAUCUUCUCACCAGCGUGUUCUCCAACACGCACAGUGCCAUCUGCGAUGCCGCCCCCGAGUGUAAGACCUCUUCAACCAACCUCCCAGGUCCCGGAAUCUCCAAACCGGAAUCGGAGCAUGCUUUACGAGUAUGAUCCAGGUGACGACAGAAGCUUCACUAGAACCAUGGGAAGCCCGCGAGAUCUAUCAUUCGAGGAAGACGAUUUCGAGGAUGACAUGGACGAUGAAGAGAUGUACAAAAUGAUGGAGGAAAUCGAACAGAACAUGCCCGCCUUCAAAUCGACUCCCCACGAGAGCAACCGGGCUGCUCUGAGUGAGGUCAGCGACAAUCCCCGCAGAGUAGCACCAAAGAAACCCGCUAGUACCCAUGGAGCGUCCUCCAAUUCAGCUUUGAUGCAACACCCAUGGUCGAAGGAUGUUGCUUCGGCUUUGAAGAAAAGGUUCCAUCUCCAUGGAUUUCGCCAAAAUCAACUCGAAGCCAUCAAUGCCACCUUGAGCGGCAAAGAUGCAUUCGUCCUGAUGCCUACCGGUGGCGGGAAGUCUCUCUGCUAUCAACUCCCAUCGAUCGUACACAGCGGCCAUACACGCGGUGUAACUAUAGUGAUCUCUCCCUUGCUGAGUUUGAUGCAGGACCAGGUGGACCAUUUGCACAAAUUGCGCAUCCAGGCUUUCUUGAUCAAUGGUCAGACAACGGCGGAACACCGAUCGAAUAUUCUCCAGAGACUCAAGAACCCCAAUGCUCAUGACUAUAUUCAGCUUCUAUAUGUGACCCCUGAAAUGGUGGGCUCAAAUCACCACAUAAUCCAGGCCUUUGAGUCCCUGUACAAACGGAGGUUACUAGCCCGUAUUGUGAUCGACGAGGCCCACUGUGUUAGCCAGUGGGGACAUGACUUUCGACCAGAUUAUAAAGCGCUUGGGGAGUUUCGCGCUCGUUUCCCAAAUGCGCCGAUUAUGGCCUUGACAGCCACGGCCACGGAGAAUGUCAAGUUCGAUGUCAUACAGUGUCUGGGCAUGGAGGAGUGCGAGAUAUUCACUCAGAGCUUCAACAGACCAAACCUCACGUAUGAAGUAAGAAAGAAGGGCAAGGGCAAGGCUGUGCUUGAGAGUAUAGCAGACACGAUCAAUAGGUCCUACGAAGGUCAAGCCGGCAUCGUUUAUUGUCUAUCACGGAAACAUUGCGAACAGGUGGCUGAACAGCUGUGCAAAGACUACGGAAUCGAGGCGCAUCAUUACCACGCUGGUCUGCCAUCCGAGGAGAGAAUCGAUAUUCAGAAAAAAUGGCAGGCCGGCGACUUCAAAGUGAUCGUGGCCACCAUUGCAUUCGGAAUGGGCAUUGACAAGCCAGAUGUCCGAUUCGUCAUCCAUCACACCAUUCCCAAGAGCUUGGAAGGGUACUAUCAAGAGACUGGCCGAGCCGGUCGAGAUGGCAACAGAUCCGGCUGUUAUUUGUAUUACGGUUAUGGCGACACAGCUUCCUUGAUACAUAUGAUUGACACGAAUGAGAACAGCAGCAUGCAGCAAAAAGAGCAUCAGAGGAGUCUCUUGCGGAAUGUCGUUCAGUUCUGUGAGAAUCGCAGUGACUGCCGCAGGUUCCAAGUUCUCGACUAUUUCAAUGAACGGUUUGACCCAAGGGAUUGCCGGAAUGGGUGCGACAACUGCGCCUCCAGCAGUACGUUCGAAACGCAUGAUUUCUCAGAGCAUGCUCACAAUGCAAUACGCCUCGUCCAGCAGAUAUCUCGUGAUAACGUUACAGUCUUGCAUUGUGCCGACCUGUAUCGCGGAGGCAAACCGAACAGAAAAAUGCUCCAGUGUGGACACGACCAACUCCGCGAGUAUGGCUUGGGUGCCGAGUUGGAGAGAGGUGACGUCGAACGCCUUUUCUACCGGCUCAUCAUGGAAGACGCAUUGAUGCAGUACAACAAGAAAAACGAUGCCGGGUUUGCCACGCAGUGUGUCCAGGUGGGGCCAAAGUCUCACGACUUUUUGGAAGGCCGACGACCACUGAAGAUCCAAGUUCUGGUUUCGCCACGGGGCAAGCCAUCAGCCAAAGUCUCUGUACAGAAGAGCCGAAACAAGACGCCCAAGACAGUCGGCAAGCCACCCGCAGACGACUAUCCGGCUUCGACAAACGUCUCAUCGCCGUUGCAGCCUCGCUCCCGUCGAAAACUUGUCCGUGGAAAUCGGCCGUUGGACUCGGAGGAGGAAGCAUUUGCUGGUCAGUCAAGCGACAACGAAGAGAUUUUCAUCCCCCAGCGCGGCAAUAAGAAAUCUGCUGUAGGUCCGCCAAUCACCGCCGACGACGACAUAGGCUCUCUCAACGAGAUUCACCAGCACAUCUUGGAAGACUUUGUUGAAAAGGCGAAAAAGGAGGUCGAGCGCCAAGUCAUUGCGAAAGGCCUUCGCCAAAAGCCGGUAACCGACAGAGUCCUACGGCAAAUUGCCAUUCAAUUUCCGCAAAGCCAAGAAGAACUUCAGGAAUUGACCGGUCUGAACCCUGAAAUGUUCCGGCGACUGGGACCGCCGCUGCUCCGACUGAUUACGGCGGCUUACGACAACUACGAAGCAAUGAUGCGAGCGCAGGAGGGCCGACCUGAUGAUCCUAACCAUCAAACAGUGGUAGAGAUCAGCGAUGACGACGCUGAGACAGGACGGUUUUUACAAAGCGAUAUGGAUGCGGAUGAAUCUGAAGACAGUCACUAUUUCAGCAUACCGGAUGAAGUCCGUCAAUUCAAUGAACAGAGUCCGAUCGAAGAAGUCCCAGUCGCAGCCCAGACAGGGGUCGGGAUCGGGAUCAUGGACUAG